GUGCUGUGUUUGUGUGACGUUUGGGAUUGACAGAUUCUAGUUUUAUUUAUCUCGAUUUUUGUUUUAAUUGCGAUAAAAGUGAUCUAUAUUCUCAAUUUUAACUGUUUAAUACUUAGAUAUUUAAAAAAUAGUAUUAUAUCUUUCUCUGACUCAUAUACUAAACUAGUGAUUAGUGUUCUGACAUUUGGGUAUGUGAGAUUUUACUUUCAUGUCGAUAAGGUUGCGAGACACUUUUACUCUUUGGCCCGAGAAAACAAUGCAGAGAAAAUUACUAAUUUGCCACACUCUUAAUUGCUAUUCUACUUUUGAUGUUAAAAACAACAUGCAUUAUAUUACCUUACUAUAGAAAUUAUAACUGUAGCGUUUUUAUAAUUAAUAGUAACAAAGUGAAUCUACUGUAAUAAUUUUAAAAUAGGAAAGUGGUUUUCUUUGAAGGAUUAAAUAAGUGUUGAUUAAACAUGUCCUCUUUCUAGAUUUUUUGUAGACAUUUUGUGUAUGAUUAAUUAAGAGGCUAAUAUUAACUUUGGUUAAUGUCUUUUGGUUGUGACAGUUAAGGUUAAAUAGCAGAGGUCAUAAAUUAUGCGAACUUUCUCUUCCCCAAUAUUGCUGCACAAUGAGGAAACUAAAUUUGCUAAAAGUGUGAUUGGUAGAGAUGGAAUACCUGAAUUUGAUCAGUUCUUAGAUUGUUUAAUUAGAGAAAAAAGACUAGAAAUUCUUAAAAGAAAUGGAAUAAACCCAGCUAAUAUGUCCAGUAUUUUACAUAGAGCACGAGCUAAUGCUGCAAAAGCUUUUAAAGAAUUAUAUGACCUUUGGUUUGAUGUAGAAGGAAAUAAAACUCAAUACUUAAAAACUCUAGAAGAAAAACGAAUAAAUCUAUCUAGUGUCUCCAGUAUUUUAAGUAAGGCAGGAGCUAAUGCUGCAAAAGCUUUUAAAGAAUUAUACGAUCUUUGGUUUGAUACAGAAGGAAAAAAAACACGAUACUUAAUAAAACUAGAAGAAAAUGGAGUAGAUCUAGUUCGUAUGUCUAGUAUUUUGCAUGGAGCAGGAGCUAAUGCUCCUAGAGCUUUUAAAGAAUUAUACGAUCUUUGGUUUGAUACAGAAGGAAAAAAAACACGAUACUUAAUAAAACUAGAAGAAAGUGGAGUAGAUCUAGUUCGUAUGUCUAGUAUCUUAAGUGGAGUAGGAGCUAAUGCUACAAAAGCUUUUAAAGAAUUAUAUGACCUUUGGUUUGAUGCAGAAGGAAAUAAAACGCAAUAUUUAAAAACUCUAGAAAAAGAAAGAGUAAAUCUAUCUAAUGUAUCAAGUAUUUUAGGUAAAGCAGGAGCUAAUGCUGCAAAAGCUUUUAAAGAAUUAUAUGACCUUUGGUUUGAUCAGAACGGAAAAAGGACACAAUACUUAAUAAAACUAGAAGAAAAUGGAGUAGAUCUAGUUCGUAUGUCUAGUAUCUUAAGUGGAGCAGGAGCUAAAUCUACAAAAGCUUUUAAAGAAUUAUAUGACCUUUGGUUUGAUGCAGAAGGAAAUAAAACUCAAUAUUUAAAAACUCUAGAAAAAGAAAGAGUAAAUUUAUCUAAUGUAUCAAGUAUUUUAGGUAAAGCAGGAGCUAAUGCUGCAAAAGCUUUUAAAGAAUUAUAUGAUCUUUGGUUUGAUCAGAACGGAAAAAAGACACGAUAUUUAAAAACUCUAGGAAAAGCAGGAAUAAAUCUAUCUAAUAUAUCAAGUAUUUUAGGUGGAGCGGGAGCUAAUGCUGCAAAAGCUUUUAAAGAAUUAUAUGACCUUUGGUUUGAUGCAGAAGGAAAUAAAACUCAAUAUUUAGAGCACUUUAUUAAGAACAAAGAUGGGGAAGAAGGUUUUACAUUACAUAACUUAUCUGGUAUGUUAAGUAGAGCAGGAGUUAAUGCUAAGGGUGCUUUUAAAAAAUUGCAUGAUCUGUGUUUUAAUGAAAAAGGGGAAAGAACAGACCUUUUAGAUGAUUUCUAUAGGGAAGGUUUUAAGCCAAGCAACUUAUCUUGUAUGUUAUGUGGAUCAGGGGUUCAUACUUCUUCUAAUUUAAAAAAGUUGCAUAGUGUUUGUUUUAAUGAGAAAAGGGAAAAAACAAAGCUUUUAGAUGAUUUAUAUAAGGGAGGUUUUAGGCCAUGUGAUUUAUGUAGUAUACUGAGUGGAUCAGUUGAUAGUUUAAAAAAAUUUCAUAAUUUUUGUUUCAUAGGAGAGACAAAAAAGUAUUUAUACCAUUUUUUAAAUAAAGAAGGGGGUUUUACAGCAAGUAAUUUAUCUGGGAUAUUACAUGGAGCAAAAGCUAAUAUUUGUUCUGCUUUAAAAAAAUUUCAUGAUGUUUGUUUUGAUGACACAGGAAACAUAACACAGCUUUUAGAUGAUUUUUAUAAGGAAGGUUUUAGGCCAGAUUAUCUAUCAAAUGUAUUAUCCAUGGCAGGAAAUAAUGCCUCUUCUAUUUUAAGAAAUUUUCACACAUCAUGUUUUAAAGAAAAUCAUUUAAAUCACUUCCUCACCGAGGAAAAACUUUUUACGCCGAAAAAAUUAUCAAAUAAGCUAUUAUAUGGAGUAGGGAUUAAUGUUUGUCACAUUUUUGAGAAGUUACAUGAUCUUUGUUUUGAUAAGGCAGGAAAUAAAACAGAAUAUUUAAACAAUCUUAUCAAAGAUAAUCGUCGGCGUGAGGUAUUUAGUAUACUAUAUGAAAAAGUUAGAAGAGUUCCUUUUACUCCCUUGGAUGAUAUAUCGCUUCAACAACAGAAUAUUAGUGGAAUAGGGAAAAGCAAAUAAGAAGAUGUCAAUGAUCUUGCGCGGUAGUCUUAAGGUAGUCUUAAGUCAAUACUUAAAAACUCUAGAAGAAAAACGAAUAAAUCUAUCUAGUGUCUCCAGUAUUUUAAGUAAGGCAGGAGCUAAUGCUGCAAAAGCUUUUAAAGAAUUAUGCAAUCUUUGGUUUGAUACAGAAGGAAAAAAACACGAUACUUAAUAAAACUAGAAGAAAGUGGAGUAGAUCUAGUUCGUAUGUCUAGUAUCUUAAGUGGAGUAGGAGCUAAUGCUACAAAAGCUUUUAAAGAAUUAUAUGACCUUUGGUUUGAUGCAGAAGGAAAUAAAACGC